AUGCAGCAGCAACAGCAGCACCAGCACCAGCAGCAAACAGCAGCGGAAUCGGCGGCGUCAGUCGAUCGGUGGCUGUACCGUAGUUGUUGCGUUGUGCACAAGGCGGCCAAGUCGAGUUUACGUUACGUGCCGAAGCGUCUGGACGGCAAGAAAUUAAUAAUGAAAUGUACGAACAAUUCACGAGCAAAAAAAAAAAAAAAUGUCGAGUCGUCAACGCACGAACAGUACACAAGAGAAGGCGGCGGCGGUGGUUGGUCUGGUGGGAGUCGGAGAGAACCAAUUCUCGGAUAA